AUGCACAAGAUCAAGGACGAAGCAAAGCUACACCAUAUGCAGAGCAUGAGUGACGAACAGAGGGAGCUGAUGGCUCGUGCCGGCACCGUUUACUCUGAGGAGCAACAAAGGGCCCAGCAGCAGCAGCAGCAGGCAUUGGAUGCUGCACGUGAGGUGGCUGCUCAGCAAGCUGCGGCAGUGGCAACACUGCAGAAGCAGCACAGGCAGCAUGCUGAGCAAGAAGCCAGAAAACUGCAGCAUGAGGCCGAGCAGACGAAAGCAGCUGCCUAUGUGCAGAUGCAGCAGCUUGCUAUGCAAAAGCAGCAGCAAGAAGAAGCUUACAUGGAGGCUGAAAGAAAGGCCGCUGAGCAACUUGCUGUGUUGCAACAGGAAGCCGCAGUGCGAACACAGCAGCGAGCAGCCCUCCAGGAAGCCAUGUACGUACAGGAACUACAACUACAGCAAAAGACAGAAGAACAGAUGUACUGGCAGCAGCAGCAGCAGCAACAGUGGCAGGACACACUUAUUGACCAAGAACCGCCAGCCGUAGCACUUCGAAAGCCUGCCGCAACGACCCCCACCGUUCGCCAAAGCCCAGUAUCAAGGCCUGAGUUCAACAAGGACUUGGCUUGCACGGCCAUGACAGCCGACUUUGCACAUGCGUAUUUGCAUAUGGAAGGGCAACAGCACCAAGCAGCACAAGCAGCCCGAGCAGCCCCAGCAUGGCCAAUCGCACCAUCCCUGCACACAGCACCAUGUACCGCAAUGCCAGCGGUUGCACCAAGCCCUCGUGCAACUCCAUUCCGUGACGCUGCCUGGGACACACAUGUAGCAGAUCAAGCAUAUGAGCGAGGAAUGGAGGAGGUCGACGAGGAUGUGAGAAUGGCAUCGCCAGCCAAAGUAGAGUUCGAGCUGAGAAAGACAACUACCCAGCUGGCAGGCCAUGGGCAGGCUGAGGAGCAGGAUAUUGAUUGGGCCGGCAAGGCACAGCAACUGGAAGCUUUGUUGAAGAAGUGCCAAAGCAGAGCAGCAGCAGCAGCAGCAGCAGCACAAGCAACCACAACGCCCCAAGCCAAAACAGAUGGUCCCACCCCUGCUACGUCUGCCUUGCCGAAACGGAACCUUGCUUCGCAGUUCUUACGUGUGGCUUCGCAGAUACAGGUGGAUGCAGCUGAGCAAGACUAUGAUGCGGACAAGGAAGAUGAUGAACGGAAUCUGUGGACCAGCUCGGGCCAUAAACGGAAAUUUAACCAUGAUCAGGACUGGGCUGCACCUCCCAAGGCUAUGCCCAAAUGCGCAACAACCGUAUUUGGGGCUGCUGGGUUGCCUGUGCCCCCACCGCCUCUGACGCAGGAGGAGUUUGAGCAGAAGAUGCAAGAAAUCGCCGCCUCCAUCCCUGCACCCCCGGCACCCCCGAAGGCUGCCAAAUCAGGCAUGCCUCCUGCGCCGAAGGGCCUCGCAGGAGCUACCACAAAGGCCACCAUGCCGGCUCAAAGUGGCUCCACUCGGAACAAGCUCUUGAAGGAGUUUGUUCAGAAGGUCUAUCAGCCGGACAACUCCUAUGAUGACAACAAGGGUCGCCUGGAAGCACUGUUUCGCCUGAAGCAAGUGUCAAAGUCGUGGAAAACUGGGAAAUCCGGGUACGAGUGGCAGACGGAGGAAGAGCUUAAGGAUCGUGGAUGGUCGGAGCAAGGUACCGAGCGACUGCAGGAGCUCGAGCAGCUCAUGGAAGAGACAGGCUGCUUUACCGGUGACUUUGACCUGUCGCUGGGUGACUGCCUGGAUCUCACUGACAAUGAGGAGGAUGAACAGAAUGGAAAAGAUGGAAAAGGCGGGGGACAAGAUGGAAAUUCAAAAAAAGCCAAAGGCUCCGGCCUGCCGCCAUUGGAUGGCAGUGAGUCUGUGGAUACUUUUGUUUCAAAGUACAAGAAGACACUGCUGAACAAGCGGGGCCUCCUUAAGGAGGCUAAGGAGAGGCUGGAAAAGGAGGCAUGCACAACCCACCGGCUCCUCACCUGCAAGCUAGCAUGCAAUAUGUGA